AUGUCUGAUAUUAUACAAUUCGAUUACAAAAAACAUUGGACUGAAGAAGAAAUUAUUUUUGAAAAACCACGCAGCGGGGAUAAAUCGCUGGGAUUCACUAUCGUCGGAGGAAUUGACGAACCUUUCCGUCAUCGCCAUUUCACAUCAAUCAUUAUCACAAAUGUAAAUGAGAAAAACCUUUCGCACAGAAACAAGCCUUUAGAAGUAUACGAUGUAAUAUUAAGAAUGAAUAGUAUCGAUUUUACGAAUAUUAAGCAUCAAAAUGCUGUUCAAGCAUUGAAAGAAUCCGGUCCAAUAGUUAAAUUGCUGAUACGUCGUCUGUCGCUAUCGAAUAGCGAAGAAAUCGAACUAGAGCACAAUGGAAAACUAGGCUUUACCAUUGUAGGUGGCUUGGGCCAAGAAUAUUUUCAAGAUGAUCAUGGCAUAUUUAUCACGAAUAUACUGAAUUAUCAAACAAAAAAGCAGCUAGAUAUAGGUGAUCGAUUAUUACAAAUUUCAUCCAUGUUCAAUACUUACGAUUUGCGAUUCGUUACACACGAAAUGGCAAAACAAUACAUAGCCUUAGCUUGUAAAGAAAGUAAAACUAUCAAGUUAUAUGUAGGUCACACAAGACCUAAUGUUGGAACGCAAGUUUCAAUGAAUCUAAUUCAGCUGGAAAAACACGGUUGGACGAAGUGUUCACCUUUUGUCUUUAAUAGGCAAAAUCAAAAGACAAAUUUACAUCAGAGGCGACAAGAUCUUCUUGCCUCGAAAUAUGAAGAUGCUACUGAAACAAAAGACUUCAAUUCUUCAAUGGUAUCUUCUAAAAAUCAAAGCACACAAGCUGACUAUCAUAAUAGACUAUACAGCACAAUCGGAACCUCGACGGAAGAAUUAAUAGUGCCAUUUGAUUUUGAAGAUUGUGAGAGAUACGAGAGGCGUAACAAAGUCCAUAAAAAUCGUUUGUUAAAUGAUCAAAGCAUUAAACUUACAAAAGUUCUAUCUCCAAUACAACAAGAACAACCAACGACUAUCAGGUCAACACUGUCAGCGACAACAACAGAAUUGAAAUCGAAUCAUGAAGCAAAUACUGACAUUGAACAAUUAGAAACUACAAUUCGACGUGAACAUGUUAAAUUGAAUGGCACAUCACAGGGGCCUUCUAUUGAUCAAAGGUCUAUUCAACAACAGAAACUGAAUCAGGCAGUGAUACUCGAGGCUAAAGCAGAAAAACAAAGACGUCAAGAAAGUAAGGUGGCUCAAAAAGCACGCCUAGCGAGACAAGGAAUAACGACGGAUGGAUACAGUGCAUUGAGAUGGCAAUUUGAUUGA